AUGUCGACGCGGGCGGCGAUGACGCAGGAUGAAUUAAAAAAGCUCGUCGGAUAUAAAUCCGUGGACGAUCACGUCGAGAGCGGUAUGGUGGUCGGUCUCGGUACGGGAUCGACGGCGUACUUCGCGGUCGAGCGCGUCGGGCAAAAGCUGGCGAGCGGGGAGCUGAAGAAUGUGAUCUGCAUCCCGACGAGCGAGCGCACGCGCGAGCAGGCGGAAUCGCUGAAGAUUCCGUUGUGCACGCUGAACGAGAAGUCGGAACUCGAUGUCGCGAUCGAUGGCGCGGAUGAGGUGGAUCCGGCGUUGGCGUUGGUCAAGGGCGGCGGCGGCGCGCUGUUGCGCGAGAAGAUGGUGGAGGUGAUGGCGAAGAAGUUUGUCGUCAUCGUCGACGAGUCCAAGCUCUGCAAGGGACUCGGACCGGGAUUCCCGUUGCCGGUGGAGAUCACGCCGUUCUGCCACAUGCACACGCUGCGUACGAUCGCAAAGUUGCCCGCGCUCGCGGGUUGCGAGGCCAUCCUCCGCAUGGGAUCCUCGUCGAACAACAAGAUCGACGGCGAUAACAUCGCGGUUACGGAUAACGGCAACUACAUCGUCGACUUGCACUUCAAGUCCCCGAUCAAGGAUCCGGUCGCGGCCGCGAGCCAGCUCAAGAACUGCGUCGGCGUCGUUGAUCACGGUUUGUUCGUCGACAUGGCUUACCAAGUCAUCGUUGCGGGCAGCGAUGGCAUCCGCGUCGCCGGCACGGAUGGCGAGAAGCCGUGGUGGUAA